AUGACGCUGUCUCCAGACGACGAAGCUGCGUACCACAUGCUGUGCAUGCGAAUACAGCGCGACAUCAACUGCCUCGCGGACUCCGACCGCACGGUCCGUCGUCGCGGCGUGGAAAGACUGUACCGUGCACUACAGCACGAGGCAUUGCGCGUGUCCCACGCCGUGCUGCGCGCGCUCUGCGUGUCCCACUUGCUGCGUCCGUUGCGGCAAUGCGCCGAGCGCGACGCUGUGGAGAAAUGCCGUGAGCAAGCGCUGCGCUCGCUGCUGUUUCUGUGCGAGCGUGGGGCACUCGAGCCGUCGAGCGCAACGCUGAAGGAGGUUGUCGCGCUGAUGGACGCUCGACUCGGCAAGUUGCCGUUCCCUGAGCCUACGGAAGAGAUGCGUCUGCUUCUCCUGCAGCUGCUGUAUGCGUUUCUGAAGCACUUUGCAGCAGUGAAAGGCACACCGGCGACGACGGCGUUACGAGACGUGAUGACAGAGCUGGCCAAUGCACUGAGCAAGACGGCGGUGGACCCGUUCCCGGAUGCAAAGAAAAUGUCGGCGGAAUGCGUCAUUUUGAUCGCACAUACCUGGAAACACGACGUGCGCUUGCACAUGGGCACUAUUGUCCGGCCCAUGGUCGUCAAUCUCGGUCACCAGCAUAGUCGUGUGCGUGUGUGCGCGUUGCAGGCACUUGCAGCAGCAGUGCCUUGUGGCUCGGAAGCUCUUCCGCACCUUAUGGAGGAGAUACUGUUGCCGGCGGUAAGCAAAGUGGUGCUUGACCAAUCGCCGUCCGUAAGGAAGCAGCUAGUGAUCACACUGGCGGCGUGGAUGGCUCAGCUUGAGCAGAUUGGACAGUUCGAAGCAUCUGUCUUCCCUAUUCUCUUAGCAGGCGUGACCGACGAUGCACCCGAUGUGCGUGCGCUUUCUGUUGCCAAAUUGAAUGACCUUGCAGUCAUUUGGGAGAGUCGCGAUGAGGCCGGAGAAGUUGCAUCAGACGACGAGCGAAUGGACGUAGAUUCGGAACCUGCUGGAAGCGUCCCUCCAUUUUUCUUUGACACUUGCCCACCAAUUGGUGCUCGCAAAUUUGCAGCGAGCGUCAAAGCUCAGGUGUUGCCCUCUCUGCUCGAGAAGAUAGGAGACUGGACUGUGCGAGUGCGUGAACGCUACACGAAAGUGCUGACUGCAUACCUGAUCUUGCUCGAGGAUCACAUGAACCCAUACCUCGACGAAGUGUUUGCAGCGUUAGGAAAGACCUGCCGUGACGACGAAGCAAUUGUCUGCAAUAGUGUAAAAGCAUGCUUGGCCGUUAUCGGUUUUUAUGCAGACUCUCGAGUGAUCCUGGCCUCCCUGCUUCCUAUGGCAGCUGGCCAACGAACAGGACAAGACUCUGCGCAACAUCGCACAAACGGGUUGAUCUUGCUGGGCAUGAGUAUCGAAGGCAUGACGAAACAGAUGAUCGAAGCUCACUUGGAGUUGAUCAGUGAAGCACUAUGUGAUGCUGGCCUGCGCGAAUCUGAAGUAACGGACCUGCAGAAUCAGUUGGCUGGUGUUGUAGCCAGUAUUGUCAAGGCCGCUGGACCGAUGCUUGAGCACAAAGACGAUAGUUGCUUCCGGCUAUUCUGGGUAUUGAGCCACCUUCUGGCCUCUUCGUCCGAGUCAUCAGCUGCUUAUGAAACGGCAAGUAUGUGCAUGAAUGAGCUUGCGACGUCCAUGAAGCAGCCGGUAGAGACGCUUUACACCCGCUACAUGGGUAGACUCAUCGAUACAAUGACGCUACCAUCAGAUGCAGCUACAAGCUGGCAGAAAAGCAACCCCACUCGACUGCUAUUCGACUCACUUUGCCGGCGCGGAGGAGUGGCAUGUUGCGAGAAGCUGGAUAAGAUUGUGCCCGUCUUUUUGGUGCAUCUGGAACCGGUCCAGGACGCAGACGUCCGGCUUGCUUUCCUUGCAUUGCUAGAGUCCAUGCUGGAGAGGGAUACGACCAGUCAGGCGCUGCGAUCGUUUAGUGCGGUGCUGCUUCAGAAGGCAAUAAUUCCUAACAUCGCUUGCCGCGGAGAGCGUAUAGCUGCAACCAUCAGGAAGGUGGCCGUCGCAUGUGCGUAUACUUGCCUACGUCAAGAAAUCAUCGACGAGACAUGCUUGGCCGAGACCGCGACCCAGCUGCUGCUCGUCUUGAGAUCUUCGAUCGACGAGAGCGACGCCAAAACUCGCGAGCUGGUUUGCCUUGCGCUACAGUGUUUGUUUGUGUCGCGGCCUGGCUGUCUGGGAGAGGACCCUGUUCAGCAACUGUGCUCGGAGAUACUAAAGCGUCUGGAUGACAGCAACGACAUUGUGCGCAGAGCCGCCUGCCAGACGUUUGCCACGUUCUUCAAAACAGCGCCGAAGAAGCAUUUGCAAGGACCUGUUCUCGACUACACGUUGGACUGCCUUUUUGUCCACCUCGACGAUUCCGAGCCCGAAAUGCAGGAGGCCGUCUACAACGUCUUGAGAGAAGCAGUCGCCAUUGAUGCCCCCCGCCUUGUGAAGAAAGCGGAAGAAAGUCAACGUCGUCACCAGAAUCCUCGUUACUGUGCGCAGCUUCUUUCGUUAGCUACUGCGCAGUCGACGUCAACCACUUCAGCCGUCACGAAAGGAUGA